AUGGCAAUUUUGGACAACAUAAGACCACUUUUAGUGGCCGCCAGAAUAUUCGGUUGUGCUCCUCAUCGAGUAACUGAUCGUAAAUUGAUAAUAACAAAAAUGGGUCUCGUAUAUUCGAUUUUUGUUGGAACAAUAAUUGGCUGCAUUUGCAUAUUUGAUUUUUACAUAAACGUAUACCAUAAAGUUGAGUUCAAAUUGCGGUUGCUUAUUUUUGUACGCAGCUGUCUCUACUACAUUUGCAUACUUACUGACGGCGUGAUCUCGAUGAUUUACAAUGGAUUUUUAAACGUAACAGUGUCUCGAAUUUAUACUUUUGACUAUGCGAUAAAGUUCAGGGAAAAAAUAAAUAAUAAAAUGAUUAAUGCCUGUCACUUAGUUGUUUUUAUUGUUGUGAUGUAUUGGACAGUCGUCGGUUACUUUACUUACAUGUGUGAAAAAAGUGAUUUUAUUUUUAACGCUGUCGCUUACUCUGUUGUCAACGUUACGAUGUCAAUGCAGAUAAUGAAAUUUAUUGGAAUGUUACUUCUACUUUAUCAACGAUUUGACCAUUUAGAUAACGUUAUUUUGCAGAUAAAUAAUCCCAGAGGACUUAGCAUAAUAGUGUAUCCUGAAAGAGGGAUCAUGAAUCUCCAAGAGAUUUGGUGGCUGCAUUACCUCUUGGUAACAGCAGCUGAAGAAGUGAACCGAGUCUACUCGACCCAACUGUUUUUCUGGAUAACAAUAAGUUUUUUGAACGGUUUAUCCCGGAUUUAUACUCUCACCACAAUGCAAGCUGAGCAGCAAUUGUACUUCGUAAUUAGAGACUCAUUUUCUGUUACUGCCUGUGCUGUUAAUUUACUGAUCAUCUCAGCGUUAAGUCAUUUCACGGCUGCAAAAGCUAACAAUAUUGCAAGAUCAACAUUCGCUCCUCAUCCAUCUAUGCGAAGAAAAAAAAAUCUCGAUAACAUUGAAGUCAUAGCAUAUUUCUACUUAAAAAAAUUACAUUUCUCCGCAGCAGCAGGACUGAUACGAGUCGAUUUACCUCUGCUACUAUCGAUUGUUGGAGCUAUAACGACAUACCUGGUUAUUCUUCAUGCGAUGAAUCCAUGA